AUGAUGCUUCCACCGGGUCCUGCCAAUGCUCUACCGCCGAUAUUCGGCAGCCCCUCGGACCUGUUCGUCCACAUCCAACCGGGCGAACGGUUGACGUUGCGAGUUGGUCAGGAGGAGCAAGAAGUGAUUGGCCCUGCUACCGUUCGAAUGGUCGGUGAAGCUGGCUCCCAUCCUUCUGCCCUUCCCAUCUACGUCCCUCCCGGUCACCAAAUACACCAAAUCGUCGAUGAAAAUGGUGUCCUCCGACAUCUCAUCCUUUCCCCUGAACCUUCUAUGAUUCAAAGGCUCCACCCACAGGGCCGCAUGAAUGGUUACGGUAUGGCUGGUACCUCCACCGGAAUCCACAACCUCAUCACCAUUGACCGGCCAAACAAGCCGGCCAAGAUGAACGCCCUCCGGCCGGUUGACCAACAGCUGAUGAAUGAGACGCUUCACGAGGACGCGUCGGAUAUGGACAGCGAAGAAAAAGACCGACUACGCGAGAUGCUGAAUUGCAUUCAGUCCCCCUCCCUGGUUCGCGUCACAGACCUUGAAGCGGAUUUACAAUGGCAAGAGCUGGACACCUCGGAAGCAGCAGCCCCUGGCGGGCCCUUCCCUCAGAUCGACGCCUCCGAGUUUAGCUACUCUGUAAUCCUGUAUGAAAAUCUUGCCAACAACCCGCGCUUCAUCAGCACGUACCAAUGCAGUCCUGAGCAAGGCGGAAAUUGCAUCCGUCUGUGCAAGCUGAGGCCGCUCACCGAUUAUUUCGUCCAACUGAAAGCAUCGCUCGAAGAACGGGGGAUUAUUGGGGAGCCUAGCAAAGCGGUACACUUCAGAACGAAGGCGCCGCGACCAUCCGCGCCGAUGCCGUUGAGAAUCCUCGAGACCGGUUUCAAUUAUGUCGCCAUUGCUUGGAAUACAGCUGUCGAGAAAACACAUGGUGUGCACUACUACAAUGUUUAUGUCCAACUCGGCAACGAGCCGAACACCCGUACAGAGGUGUACACCGGAACUGGCGACAAGGCUAUUGUCGGAAGCCUACAAUCCGCGACCCGGUAUGACAUCUUCGUUUCCGUGGUGACGGAUUGCGGAGAAAGUGCCCUGAGCUCACCGUUGAGGGUCGAGACGAGACCCGAGCCUAAGCCUCCGGUUCCCAACGUCCAAACAACAACACCCAGGACUAUCAAAUUCAGCUGGCUCUCCAUGCCCGAUCACAAACUGACGUUGGAAAUGUGCGAGGCUCGGAACCCGGAACACAGUCUAAGGAUUGUCAAAGACAACCUCGGCGGCACAGUGAGCAGCACCGUCAUUGAUGGACUGCAGCCAGCCACCGACUACAAGUUCCGGUUCAUGCUAGACCACAACCUAAACAACAAGUCCGAUUGGGUGACGGUCCGAACGGCUACAGCACGCCCACCUCCAGAAGCCAAGCCCGAAACUCGACCCGUCAUCCCGAGCGCACCGUUCCUCAUCUCGAGGACGUCCUAUAAGAAGAUGGAAAUCGGCUGGAAAUACACUGGCCCCAAGGAUAAGGACACCAGCUUCCACCUAGAAGGUGCACCCCGACUCCAAGAAGGUGCACCACCACGCUGGAAAACUGUCUACAAGGGCGACAAGACACAAGCUGCCGUUACCGAGGAGCUCCUCUUCUUCCGUGUCCAAUCCCUGGUCAAGAAGAACCAAUCGAGCGACUGGUCGCAGGUGCUUAACCUCCCCAACCCAAUCGACGAACUACCAGCUCCACCAGCGCCUGGAGUCCCAGAACUGAUGGUUGUCGACAAGAACGCUGUUCUGGCGAGAUGGAAGGCCCCUGCAGAUUCGGUAGAUGAACUCCCAAGUGGCGUCUCAUGGGUGAUCGAACUCCGCCGUAAGGAUGCCAACAACAACAUUGUCUACUGCGGCCAAGAGAGUAGCUUCAAGAUCACCGGGUUGCCGGCACAGCAACGGGUUGAGAUCCAAAUCCGAAAAGUCUUCCUCGACGACUCCCAUCGGGUCGAAGGAGCAUGGAGUCCGGCCGCUUCUAUCAGCACUCCGAAAGAAGCACCAAAGACGCCAAAGAAUGUUAGAGUCAACAUGGAAAAGCAAAAGCUCGAAUGGACCUCUGAUGAAGACAACACGACCAGAUUUAUUGUCCGUCGUUACAAGCUUGAAGAUGAUGAAUCGGAAUGUGAGCACGAGCUGUCCACUCAGAAGCACGAGUGUUCUCUUGGCAACGUCGAACCGGCAUCGUACUAUGAGUACACAGUGCAGGCUCGAAACGAAAGCGGAGAAUCAGAGCCCUCGGACCCGGCGGUAUAUGAAACAAAGCCAGAGACGCCGGGACAUCCGGAAAAUGUGACGCUGGAGACGGUGAGCACAAGCCAGAUGGUGUUGCGCUGGGAUCAGCCCGAAAGCGGUGGAGCAGAGAUCAUCAACUACAUCAUUAGGGUACUUCGGGACGAAGAGUCUAUUUCUGAAGAGAGUCUGCCUGCCACAGCCGUACAAGGAGAAUAUAACAUCGAUGAUUUGGAAGCAGACACAGAGUACACGAUUGGUAUUUCUGCGGAGAACCAGCUCGGAAUGAGCGAUGAGGUGCUGAUCGACGGGCGAACAAACGCAUACCCGCCAGAGGCUCCGUCCCUCGAUGGAGACUGUGAAGCCACCCAGAUUCGACUCCGUUGGCAAGCCACUUCGGAAACAUCCCCUGGCUCGCCAAGCCGCAUCCGAUACCGAGUCGUCAAGGUCAUCAAAGAUAAUCGCGAUUCUGGUGAAGAUGAUGAAGAACGGCAAGCGGUGGUCUACGAAGGCGAAGCGUGUUCGUGCCGAAUCCGAAAUCUCAACGAGAACUCUGAAUAUCGAUUCAAGAUUUGUGCUAUUGACCGGCAAGUCGGCCCUGGCCCCUGGUCAGAUGUGUAUUCGUACUCCACGACCGUGGCUGUACCAAUGCCACUGAAGGGACCACUCACUCCAAAUGACAGCGGCAAUGGUGUCCACCAGAUCGAGUGGCAACCUUGCAUCAUCAAGCCGAACAACCGUCGUUACUUCUAUUCAUUGGAGGUCAUGGACUAUUCUGUUCCUGAAGCCGCAUGGGUCCCCAUCUAUGAAGGCACCGUUGCCCAAUAUACCGUCCGGCUUACCGAGAAACAGAAGUCGAUCUCGGUCCGACUUCGCAUCGGUCGAAAGGAUUCUACCGGAAAAAAGGUGUAUUCUGCGCCGUGUCAGGCCAUUUAUCUUGCGUACAAUCCAAAGCCCGAGCCAGCCAAGGAUGCCAGCACGGCCCAAGCCGCUCCGAACAUUAUUCAAGCCGCUUGGGAAUGGUUGAGCUCGAGGAGCUUCGCAUCUAUUCUAGUGGUGCCGGCUUACGAGCUUCUGGGCAGCAGCAGUAGCUUCUGCGGGCCAGCUGGUCACGCUGACGGCUGCCAUCUGAUGAACCCGCCGAGUGGCGGAAACUCGCAGGCCGACCGCCACAUUUUGGCGCACAUUGCGGAUGUCCUGCCGAAAUAUGAAACCAUCCAUAUCAAAUCUAUUGCCAACAUCGCAUUCGUUAAAACUCUCGGCAAGGGAAGGUUUGGCGAGGUCGCAAAAUACGUCGACAACUCGAACGGUAAAUUCUUGGCCGUGAAAACGAUCAACUUGGAGCUUUUCAAACAUUGGAGUCAGAAUAUCAGUCGAGCAAAACUGAGAUGUGAUCAAUUUUUGGACAAUGUGAGUCGACUUUAUACAUUGGCGAACAGUCAUCAUCGCCUCGCUAAUGUGAUCGGAGUCUAUGCGGACAAUUCGAAGAUCAUGGUGCUGACGGAAUUUUGUGGCGGGGGAUCGGUGAAGGACCAGCUAGAGAAGGGCCCUUUAAACGAAGAAGAUGCAAUUCGUUAUUUGUUCCAGACGAUCGAAGCGCUACAUUAUCUGCACUCGCAGUCUCCGCAGUUUGUUCACUCUGAUAUCAAAGCGACAAAUAUCUUGAUCACUUCUGAUGACUCCGUCAAGUUAUCCAAUUUCGGGCUUGUGCGGGAUUUAUGCAUUGGUGGCUAUGGACUGGCAAUGGCCGCGGAAGUUGUAGCGGAUGCUAGAGGUCGGCCACCCUACGGCGAAUUUUUUAUUCACGGUACGACGCUCAAAGAAUUGGAGGCUCGAGUGAAGGGUCCGGCACACAAGAGAUUACCAUAUUCUGGCGAAUCCAUGCUGCCUGGAUCUUCAUAUACUGCCCAACUUAUAGCUGAUCGUAUUUUUGAAACAGACUCUCGGCAACGUUCUACAGCGGCGGAGUUGAAGUCGUUCCUGAAUACGUUGGAAGCUGUUCCAAUCGCGACGAAGUCUAGGGCAGCGACGUAUGAAAGUGUUGAGCAUAUGGUGGUGCCGACGUCAUCAACAAUUAAUGACAUGUAUUCUGAUGCUCCUUCAGGCAGUGCUGAUGAGAGCACUGAAGAUCCCAAAAGCGUAUCAAGCCAGCCAUUUGUCCCAAUGGAAACUAUUGCUAAUGGGGCAACACGAAGAAGAAUUUUAUCGAAAGCUGUUCUUUAUGUAAUGCUGUUUAUACUCGGUGGCUUAGGCUCUAUAGGAUUGUUUCUGUUCGUAGCUUUCUUAAUAGUAUGGUUCAUUCGGCAGAUGAUCUCACAGGCUUGUCAUGGAUGUGAUCUCAUGCAACCUCAAUAUUUGAUUCUAAAGCCGCCCAAAAAUAAAGAGGAUCAAGAGUCGGAUAUUGAGGAGGUCGAACUCAGCGCGUUGGUCACCCCAAAGCCAGCUGACCACGAACUCGCAGAUUUCUAUGCAAGCGCUCCA